AUGACCGCCAUCAAAGCUCUACCAUCCAGAAUAUACAGUCAUCCCGCCAUCGCCAUUGGCGGCAAGCCAGUAAUCAAGGCGAGCAUUGCGGCAACUGGCUCAACGCCUGCCGCUCACGACGACGCUAACCUCAAGUGCCGAUGUGCAACCCCACGGCAUCUGGCUGGCUGUUGGUGUUUUUUUUAUUGCUGGGUUCCUUUCACCAUCUCACCAUCGAGGAACUCCAGCAUUAUAGCCUCGACUUUGUCAGUCAAGCCAAUCUCGAUGCUGCUUCCCAAGCGUUUUGCGACGCGGCACUCGAUCUCUUGUAUCUGGACUCGCGACUCGAAACACCCGCGAUGA